AUGUCAUGUAUGGAUUCAUUUUAUUGUGGCUUGACAACUAAAGAAGCACAACGACUACAUGAAUAUAACUUUGAUCAUCCUGAUGCUUUUGACUCCGAACAGCUUGUAGAGUGCAUUGAGAAACUCAAAAGUGGCGAAUCUGUCCAGGUAAAUGCAUCUGAUAUAAUUAUCUUGGAGGGAAUUCUAGUUUUCCAUGACCCACGUGUCCGUAACUUGAUGAAUAUGAAGAAUUUUGUUGACACAGCUCUUCCUCAGCCACCCAAAGACUUUCGUAAGACAUUCUUCCCCAGUCAAGACUUCAAGAAGAUGCUGGGCUUGCCUGUUAAUCAGUGUAAGGCCCCUCUGCUGCUUAACUACAUUCCAACCUACAAAUCCACCUUGCCCGACGUCCCCAAGAAAAGAAAGUCUCCACCUUCAGUAACAACUCCCUCUGCCACUUCAUCGCCAAGGCCUGAUCAGGCCUCAACCUUUAACCCAGCAGAGCAGCCAUCGACAUCUGCUCCCCAACUAAUUCCUCCACCCUAG